UGAUUCCCUGGACUGGAGCAAUGGAAGAUGCACUUUUGGAGGAAUGGUUGGAGAAGCGGGCAGGGGCACGGGCAGGGGCAGGGGAAGCAAUAACAGCAAGGGAGAUUGCAGAGUCAUGGAGCAUUCUCAGAAACUGCCUAGAGAAACAGAAAGGUGGAGUUUUACAAGAUGGCGAUUGCAAUUUAAUGCUAAUUGCUCUCAACAAGCUGAGCGCCUGCAGACGCACCCUUCGUGUGGCCCUCCCGCAAGCCAAGCUACUUCUUUCACUUUUGUCCUCCUCUUCUAUUCCAAGGGAAGCUCGCUCUGUGGCGGCGGUCGUAUUCACUCUCUGGCUUCGAAAAUCCCCCGCCACUCUCAAACCGCAAUCCCUAUCCAUUGAAGCGGCCAUUGAAGCUGCGCGUAAGAAAUCAACAAAAGAAGACGAAUUAUUGCCCUGUGAACGAAUGUUGCUGCUGGGUUGUCUUUCUGCUGCUCAAAAUGUAAAUUUGUCCCUACAGAGCAGAGAAAUUUGUUUGGAGGAGGUGGCGGAGAUACUCUCUGGCCACAAACAGGAGGAGGGUAUUGUGUUGUCAAACUCACAGAGGACAGCUGAAGCGCUUUCAGGCGCUGGAUAUGCUUUGCUUUCCUCUGCUCAUUCUUCUCGUCUUUUCCCAUCCAUUUUACACUCUCUGCUCUCUCUCUGGAAUCUCCACCAUGGAUUUUAUGCGUCUAUACAGCAGGGCCUUAUGCUGUUGCAUCUUAUGGAAUGGUUGGGUUUGAAUCUCAUCAGAGCACAAGACAAGAAGAGUGGUAUAAAUGCGGGCGCUGUUGAAUUUAGGAGGAUUGCUGGGUUAGGGCAUCCGGCUUUGGAUUUUGCGGCUGUCAUGGCAGCUGGAGGGUUCCUUAGGGCUUUACGGACCAGUAGGGAUAGUGAAUUCACCAAGGAUAGUGUCGUUGUGCACCAGUUGGAGGAAACUGUUAUUGCUGUAGCAGGAACUGUUGCCUCUAAUUUUGAUGCAGUAUUCGAACCUUUGUCUGCACAAUUUCCUAAAUGGGUGGAUGGUCAUAUCCAUAGAGACAAAGAAGCUUUGAAAAGAAGACUUGUUCUGCAAUGCACAGCUGUGGCAAUAUCUCAUUGUGGAGGAGUUUCUUCCCAUGCCAAUGUGCUGAAAUGCUUAGUAGCUACUCUUCUUUCAGAGACUUUUCCUUUGGGUGUUAUUUAUUCCCCCAAAAUGACGGAUGUAGAUGAACAUCUUGGAAGUGUUUUUUUCAAGGAAGGUGGAGCCAUGACUAGGGCGAUGUGUGAUCAAUACCUUUGGGCAUCCAGGGAUUUGAAGAAGGUAGUUGAACAUCUUAUGUGGGAAUUCUCUUACACACUACAUCAAAAUCAUCGGCUUUUCAUAGGUAUGCAUCAAUUAAAUCAUAAACAUAUGGUGAAGGCUCUUGAGAAGAUAACAGAAGCUGCUUUUUUCAUGAUUGUAUUGUUUUUCUCCACUGCAACAAAAGAGGAAACACUUGAGGAGCUGCUCUCUGUCACUGCACUAGAUGCCCUUUCAUAUGUGGAAUAUUUUCGUGUGCAGCACAUGCAAAUGCAGCUUCCAGAAUAUCGUGACAUGAUUAAAUGCACCGUUUCGUUUGUGUCCAAGAGUGCUUCAGCCACCGCUGCACUCGUUCAUCGGUUGCCACCUUAUGACAAAUUAACACAAUUUCCAGGUGCCUCAAACUUGCUCUCUUCUGAGUUCCAUUGGUAUAAGGAUGAGUUACAGACUGCACGUAUAUUCUUUUACCUCCGUAUCUUACCAGCUUGUAUGGAGAAGAUUUCUGGUGCGCUAUUCCAAUUGGAAGUAGCUCCAUUAAUGUUUUUAUACAUGCAACAUCCAGACAAAAAUGUCGUACAGGGAUCCCAUUCAGUCUUUGUUGCAUUUAUUCAAGCUAGCAAUCUGGGAUUGGAUUCAUCUAAUGUUGACAAAGAUGAUGCAAUAUCAUUAAAGGAGCAACUUGUAGUGUAUUAUGUACAAACAGCUUUGGAGGCAUACCCAUGUCUGACUCCAUUUAAAGCUUUAAGUUCAGCAGUGGGAGCUUUGGUGCGACAUCUCCCUGCUGGAAGUCCAGCAGUAUUAUAUUGUAUAAAUGGCCUAGUGGAGAAGUUGAACAGUCUAUAUAAUUCCCAUUUUGUGUCUAGCAUGAACCAAGGAGCUGAAGUUGAGGGAGAGACAGAGGCUCUCAAAAAUUUGCAAGCACUUCUGCUGAAUCUCAUCCUUUUGGUUGAUAUACAGGUGCUUCCUGAUUUAUUGAAACUUCUGGCCCAGCUGAUUGGUGGGUUGCCAAAAAAUGCUCAAAACGUAGCACUUGGGGAUGCCCAUGAUCUUGUUGCAUGUUCUGAUGAUGUUACAAGGAAGCCAAUUCUGGUUCCAUGGUUGCAGUCUCUAGCUUUUAUAUGUUCUGGACUCAAUUUUGUGGGUGGCAAGACUAAAAAGAUGUCAGAUGAAUCAAGUUAUAUUGAUGGGAACAAUCUGCAGUUAAAACCUGAUACUGAUAAAUCUGGUAGUUUGAGUUUCAACCCGACAUGUCAGAAUCAUUUAGAGCAUCUUUCAAGACUAUAGUAUUCAAACCUUGACGUGUGCAAGGUUUGUCAUCUAAGAACGAGUCAUCUAUGCCCCCUUGCCUGUGAUUUUCCAACUUGGAUGUGAUAUUUAUGUGUCAUUCAUUUCUGAGGAAUUUAAUCUUGAAGUCAAGGUCAAUAGUGACAUGUAUCCAUUCUUUCGUUGCAACUUGCAACCUACCUCAUUGAUUUGUAAAAACCUGUUCUUGUUUUAAUGCCAGAGUGCUGGCAAUAAAAUUUGUAAUUUCCUUCUAGUAAUUGUUUAAGGGUGGGCAAUACUCAAUUCAAAUGUGCAUAAGCCAAUUUCGUUAGGAUUCCUGAAGGUAAUGUCUAGAGAUCAAAACACUAACUUUGUUUUAGGCUGCUUUGAGAUCAGAUUAAAUUGACAGGUCCUUAGUUUGACUCCAAAUGCAUACAAUUUUUUGGUUGUUGUUGUUGGAGGUUUUUUAUAUCAACCCAAAUAGGCUGAAAUCUCUUUGGCUGAGAGACAAGGACUGAAGGGUAUCCGUUUUGCCAAAGUUGCCCGGGACACAAUUCCAGCCUCAUUCCUUAUGAUGUUAGGGCCUUGCACUCACCGAGACUUUGAUCCUUGGUGGUCUCAUUCCGAAUCAUUCAGCUUCACCAGUAGACCAAGGGCCCAUUAAUGGCUUGAUGACUUUAUACUUCUUCAAUAUGAAUGGUUGUAAAAUCCAAAUCCAUGGACUUGAUUUAUGGUAAUAUGCAAAAUACUUUUUGCCAAGAGUGUGCUAUUGGAAUGAGCCAUUAAAUGCUUUUCCUGGGAUUUAUUGAAAAGUGGAGUGAAGCUUAUUGGAAUGAAAUAGUCACCUUGCUGUUGAAAUGUACCUAUUAACUUAAUUAGUUUAAAUGGUUGAAGGUUCAUGGUGGAAGACUAAUGCUUGUAACUUGAGUUUGAACAGAAAUAAUUUAACUGUUCUUUUAUGGAGAAAUUGGCAAAGCCUUGCAGAUCUUGAAUGAGAGGGCUGUUACUAUUUUUUCGGGGAGUUACUGGAUGCCCAAAUUUGACAGUGGCUGAUGGUGAGUAAAGAAACUGUGCAAUUUUGGAAAUUUCAAAUGUGAAUAUCAUCAUGAUAUAGCAUUUUCUUUGUUUUUUAA